UUCAGACAAGCUCUCUCAUGCAAAAUAGUCGCAUAUCAAGUUGGGGAAGUCUAAGAUGGAUUGCAUGUUAAAAGUUUCCAGUUCAAGUUUGAUAAUUUAUUAUAAUAUUGGUUUUCCUGUAAAAACAUUGAGAUUCCGUACGACAUAAGUUGUUUUAUUGGGUGAAAUGCUAAACAGAAAAAAGAUGAGGGGAAGACCAGUGGGGAUGCUGAGCAUGAACCUCGGGCUGGUGAUGAAAGAGACAAGACAGAGGAAGCAAUUGAGGACAAAACGGACUUGAAAGAUGCAGGUACAAAACCCAAGUCUGUUGCAGAUUUGUCUGAAAAAAAAGAUGACAAGGUGGAGACAGAAGAAAGAGCUGUCUGGGAAGGAGGCUGUGAUUGAUAAGGAAUUAUUGGAGGCUUUCAGGUGUUUUGACUGGAAUCAAACUGGCUACAUCAGGGUUGAAGACAUGAGGUUGAUUAUACACAGCUUGGGGACAUUUCUUUCCCACACGGAAGUCAAGGUGAGAACUGUGCUUCUGUAUCCUCUCAGCUUCUCCCAUAAGGGUUGCACUCGUACAAAUGUGCUGUUUCUAGUUUCGAAUGGUUUUUAGCAUCAGGAACUUGUGCAAAGUGCUUUGUUCCAGCAACACUGGGAGGGAUGACUGCAUUCUCUAUAAUAAGCUGGUCAGAAGGAAUCAUUUGAUAUUGUAGGUUUUCAGGCUGCUCUGGUCUGUACUGCAGUUACCCUGCUGUUACAAUGCACCUUUGCUCCCUUGAGAGUGCAUGUAACUGUAUUAGUUUUGAGGUCACCAUAUCUUACUGUCAACAGAAAUUAUUUAUAACUUUACUUUUGUAAUGGGGGAAAAAUAGAUUACAUUAUUUCUUGUUAAUGAAAAAGAAAAUGGCAGGUAUUGAUGAUAAUGAAGUAUUUUCAUAUGCCUAAUUUGGAGUUAUGCUCAAAUCCCCUGUUCCAAGAGUGGCGAAUUAAUCCACCCCUCGUCCAAGGAGUUUUUCGGGAAAAAAAAUUUCUCUGCUAGGCCGUCACAAAUUGCUUCUAGGGGUCGAUAUGGCCAUUAUUAGAAGUGUCGCCGGAUGGUUUUGGUGCUCAGGUGCAUGCAGUCAGAUUGCGGAACAAAACUGAGUUCUGCAGUCUGCCCAUGAUUCUCCCAGCGAACUCUAAAUUUAAUUUGGAUGUUGCCAUGCAGAUGGGCACGCACUUAACUAAAAUGCUCAAAACUACUUUUUUGGA